UUUCACAAGUCGUCACACAUUGUGUUGGCUUUGAAAGUGAAGACACGCUUUGCAUAGCAUUUGUCGCAACGAUUCAAAUUGACAAUUGAUUAGCGGUUUUGUUGGACGCCAUUCCAGACAAUGCUUUUUCUGCACUCUUUUUAAACCACUUUUUAAUUGAUUUUUUAAAUUAAUUAUUCGUUUAAUUGUUUUUCAAAAUUGCAUUUUAUAUACAAUCCGUUAAUGUGUUUAUAAAUUAGCGUUUGUUUUAGUGUUUUGAUUGAGUUUUAGUCGAGUUUUAUGAGCGCUUUUAUUGAGUGAUUUUAGUUUAGCGUACAUUUGAUUGCAUUGUAUUUACAACUAAUUUAAUUAAAUCCCAAACAAUGGGCGAACAGUUGUUGUCGUCGUGUGAGUCGUGGGACGGGAAGGACUAUAUGGCCGAUGCAUUCAAUAGCGUCUCGUUUAACAGUUACAGUAGCGGACAGUUAGGCGCUAACCUUCCCGUCCAUCUCCUGCCCCCCUUUGGCAGCCAAUUGUCGGGACAUAAUAAGAGCCGUCAAACCCUUAAGCUAUCGAUCGAUGGCUUUCCUUCAGAUAUAACUGAAAGUGGUUUAAAGGGUUAUCUCCAACGCAUUGGUUGUAAGCCAUCGACAGUGAAAAGAGUUAAGAGUCAAUCGACGGGACAGUGUUUUAGUUUUGCCGAUUUUGUGACCACAAGAGACGCUUUGGACGCGAUUCAAGCGAUCAGAAGUCAAAAGUUAUUUCGUUUAAGUGUUUGCUUUGCGUCGACGGAAUCAGAUCUUCAGGAAAAGCACCACUUGCUUGAUAAAGAGAGGCAACACUUAUUGAAAAAGCAUUUGGAAAUGAAGCCAAAGCUAGACAUUGGAGACAAUGUGGCGAUUAAUGCCAACAAUUGUCAUACAAAUGGCAAGAGCUUUGAUUCGGAUAACGAGAGUCACGGGUCGAACGGUUUGGACAUUCUGUCUCCGUUGGCCAGUAGUGACAAACUUCUGAAAGUUUUGAACAAAAGCACAGACGACUGUUCCUUUUGCUCCGGAGGGGGCGAUAAUGUAGAUCACCUGCACUUCAUUCUGGAUGAUCAACAGGUGAUCGAUCCAAAACAGUUGCCGCCACUCAUUGCUCUCGACAUGAAAUGUCAGAAAUGUGGCCAAAAGUCAGUUGACAUGAAGCUGUGCUCUCAAUGCAAAAGCACUCGUUAUUGUAAUACGAAAUGUCAGUCAAGCGAUUGGCUUCAGCACAAAAUGGUGUGCAAAACAGGUGGCACUUCAGUCAUUAGUUUGAACGCAUCGAAGCGUUUGAUUACAUCGGCUCAAGUGGUGUCCCCUCCGCGAGAGAGGACCCGAACACCGCCUCCGAUUAGUCAGAGCAAAGUAACGGAUUCUCCGGUGAUUGUCGAUCGCUCGCCAAAAGUCACUUUCAAUAAGACAUCAGUCAAUGACGUGACCGAUAGUGUGGCCAAAAAGUUGGUCUUCGAUGACGAGCCGUUGGAAAUUGAAAUGAAGUCCUUUUUGGACUACAAACACGACGGCUCUGAUAUCGAUCUCGUAAUCAAUGAGAAUCUCAGCGCCGAUGACUUCCGCUAUUUGGCCACAAUCUUCGACCCGAGCAUUGGUCGCAUUAUUAAGUCAUUGUCUGAUGACUACAAGAAUGAGUCGGCAAUUGUGCCCAAAGUUGGCGAUUUAGUUGUUGGCCGAAACACUGAAGGCCGCUAUUUUCGCGCUCACGUUCUCUCAGUGGACGCAAAGUCGGCCAAAAUGUUUCUAAUCGACGACUCGAAUGUGUUGGACGUAAGCUUUGGAUCCAUUUAUGAAAUGCUGCCGAAGUACUUGAAGGCGCCCUCAUUUGGUGUUGUUCUGGUGCCCGACACGAGAGCCGCCGGUCUUUCCCUCGAAGCCCUCUCUCAGACGGAGGAUUCCAUUCUGAAGGGAUCUUUCACUAAAACAGGCGACAAAUUCUUCGCUAAAAGCAAUGGAAAUUCAUACGAAAUUUUGGGCUUCAAAUCGAUCGUUGAAUUAGUCAAACAAUGCGUUAACACUAUUGGGUUGAAGCCGAAGAACACGAACACAUCAGUCGAUUACUUCAGUCAACUGUCGACUCGUAAUAUUAAGAUCAACCGAAUGCUCGAUUCCAUGGCAUUAUAUAAAGUGGAAACCGAUCCUAAAGUUUUCUUCAUUGCAGAUGAAGGAUCAGACUUCGAGCAAAUGAUGACCUCUUGCGCUGAACUCGGGGCCACAUUCGACGAUAAGAUCAAAGUGAAGCCAUCGGCGGGCGGUGUCUAUUUGGCUCGUUCUGUGACCGACGGCGAGUGGUAUCGAGCGGUUGUUCUCGAACUGAAGGGAGACGAGUGUUGCGUUCAAUACAUAGACUUUGGCAACAAUGAGGAAAUCAGUGUGAAUUCAUUGAUGAAAUUGUCGGACAAAAUGACAACCGCUUCUGUGGCUCCGAUUGCCAUCAAAUGCAAAGUCGAUGAAACAAAAUUGAGUGAUGAGAACCUCCACAAGAAGAUAGAUCAGGCAAUUGAGGGUCAGUUCCUGCUUAAGAUUAAGAUUCUCAACAUUGAGAACUCUGUCCAUUCAGUUGAGGUCUACUAA